AAAUCAGUUGCAUUUGAUAAUAAUAUGAUUUAAGCCAAUCAUUUCUCAAUUUACCCCCGAAAACAGAAGAACAUCAGCUCCAAUUUCUGAACUGGCUGCCAAUUAAUUAGAUUCCAUAAACCCUAAACCUCCAGAAAAGAAUUUUCCACUGAAGACAAAAUUUACAGAAACUAAUUAAAUUCUAUUUCUGCAUGCAUUGUUCAAAUUACAUAUGGCAUCUUCAGAGAUCGAGGUAGUAGUAUCAUCACCAGAAUCCAGAACGCCGUCGCAUCAGCAGCAGCAGGAGCUACCGCCUGUGCUCGAUGUUUUCUCUGCUUCUGCUUACGGAGAUUUCGAGAAAUUGCGCAAGUUUGUUGAACAAGACGGUGCUUCUCUCUCUAGACCUGAUGUUAAUGGUUACUAUGCUCUUCAAUGGGCUGCUCUCAACAAUUUUGCUGAUAUUGCACAGUAUAUAAUUGAGCAUGGAGGUGAUGUGAAUGCAGCUGAUAAUAUGUUGCAAACAGCUUUACAUUGGGCUGCAGUUAGGGGUUCAACUGCUGCAGCUGACGUGUUAUUGCAGAAUGGAGCUCGAGUUGAGGCAGCUGAUAUAAAUGGAUAUCGGGCAGUUCAUGUUGCAGCUCAGUAUGGACAAACUGCUUUCUUAAAUCACAUCAUUGCAAAGUAUCAUGCUGAUUUUGAUGUACCAGAUAAUGAAGGGAGGAGCCCUCUUCAUUGGGCUGCAUAUAAGGGCUACCCCGACACAAUUAGAUUACUUCUAUUUCGAGAUGCAAGUCAAGGAAGACAAGAUAAAGAAGGUUGCACCCCUUUGCACUGGGCUGCAUUAAAAGGAAAUGUAGAGGCAUGCACUGUGCUUGUACAUGCUGGCACAAAGCAGGAACUGACAGUGAAGGAUAAAGCUGGAUUUACUCCUUUUCAGCUUGCAUCUGAUAAAGGUCAUCGGCAAGUUACCUUUUUCCUUUCUACUGCGCAGCGGGCACAAAGAAAACACUGGAGUGACAAAAUUUGCAAUGGGAAGAUGGGGCAUAUUGGUUAUGCUCCUAUAUUGUUAUCUAUUAUAAUCAUUCUCAUGGUCCUCUUUUUCAACUCAAUCAUGGCUGCUGCAAAUCUUCCAAAGGUAACUGCUGUUGUUGGACUAUGGGGGUGGGCUGCUCUUUCUCUUUCUGUUCUUGCAUUGAUCAUGUUCUACCGAUGUAGUAGCAGAGAUCCAGGUUUUAUUAAAAGACUUGAAGAUUUGGGUAAAGAUGCAGAUACAGAGGAUCCCCUAUUGAAUGUCGAUCUGAAUAACUCCUCCGUGUGGAUGGGGAAUUGGUCUCAACUUUGCCCUACCUGCAAGAUAAUUAGACCCGUUCGCUCCAAGCACUGCCCUGCAUGUAAGCGCUGUGUGGAGCAGUUUGACCACCAUUGCCCAUGGAUAUCUAAUUGUGUGGGGAAGAGGAACAGACGGGACUUCUUCAUAUUUUUAUGCUCAGGGACUUUGACAUCAUUCCUUUCAGCUGCUGUUACAAUUCAAAGGAUUUGGACAGCUGUACAUACAUUGCAUAUAGAACAAAGAUGGGUUCAUUAUUUGGUAGUUCAACAUCCUGGUGCUGUUGCAUUUUUAUUUUUCGAUGUGAUUAUUUUUAUGGCAGCCACAACGUUAACCAUAGCUCAAGCAUCACAGAUAGCUCGGAAUAUCACCACCAAUGAACUUGCAAAUGCUGCUCGUUAUGGAUAUCUCCGUGGUCCAGACGGACGAUUUCGGAAUCCCUAUAACCAUGGAUGCCGAAAGAAUUGUUCGGAUUUCAUUAUUCAGGGCUACACAGAUGAUGAUGAAAUUGCUUGGCCGCCAUUACAACAGGUUGCCAGCUAGAACUGAUGCAAUGAGAUGCUGCUCUGUGAUGUGAAACCAUCCUUGCAAAUGCCAAGAUUCAUGUUGUAAUCAUACAGGUCCCAUUCAUAUUGAUAUACAAACUUGGUCAUAUAGAUGAUAUAAUUAAUGAUAAUAUUAUGUACAUUUAGUACUGCAAGAUAGAAAUAGAUAAAGAAAAACUAGUCGUUUUUCGUCGCAUUGCCGUAGUUAUUUCAAAAAAUUAUACUAGUAUUUAUAGGAUUUUGUGUUUAGAUUAAUAACCCCAUAUUGUAUUUAAUGUAAUAUAAAAGUGACUUAUUGAUUGCGAUUUGA